AUGAUCGGCAAGUACAGGCGCAUGUCAUUGUGGCAUGUGUUAUGGCCGUUGCGUCGGAUUGCCUUAUCAUUGUUACCAUUUCUGUUCGCCAUCACAAGCGAAUGCGUCGCAGUUGGCGUUAAAUCUCACAGUUAUGCGGGAUUCGUCCCAACUCCGUGGCGGAUCAUCCCGCCGCGCCGAGCAGCGCUGAGUGGAGCGAUCGCAGGUAUACAGCCAAGUGGUGGUCUGCACGUCGGAAACUAUAUUGGAUGCAUCCAGCCCGCGGUUCAAUAUCAGAAUGCGGGAGGCGAGCUUACUUUUCUGAUUGCCGAUUUGCACGCAACCACGGGUCGGGAGCCCAAUCUGGAACUUAGUGACCGGACAAGACGUACUGUUGCCACCCUACUGGCCUGUGGAAUAGACCCCUCAGUGACCAAUGUCAUUCUGCAAAGCGACUUUCCAGAGAUAUUGGAGUUGCAUUGGAUAAUAGGCACAGUCAUUUCAUUGGGUCGUUUGCGCAAACUGGCGAAUUUUGAGCGUCGUGAUUUGGCACAAGAGAAGGAUUCGGUGGCACAGUGCCUGUACCCUUUACUGAUGGCGGCGGAUGUACUUUGCAGCGGCAGCGAUACUAUCAUCGCAGGCGCAGAUCAGUCUUGCCACAUUUGUGUGGUGCGUGAAGUAGCGGAUAAGUUGAAUCGCCGUGCUGCUUCAACCGUUGUUUGCGUUCCUGAGGUGUACCAAAGCAGUGGGUUCAAGGUUCUGUCGCUGGACGGCAGCGAGAAAAUGUCAAAAUCAAGCUCUAAAGCGUCCUCGCGCGUUAACCUGACGGACAGCGACUCUGAGAUCUUCGAGAAGCUACGAGCUGCGAAGACGUCGAGCACUAACGAUGCCUCGUCACCUGAAGUUGCUAAUUUGAUUCGAUUGUUAAGCUUCUUUUCGGGAGAGCCGCCAUCUAGCAGCAACGAUGAUAUGCAGUUCAGCGUUUUAAAACAACGUCUUCAUGAGGCCAUGUCACAGCAUCUGGCUCCAAUUCGGGAGCGUUAUAAUACGUUGAUGUUGGACGAUGAGGCAGUGCUCUCAGCGCUCCGAGCCGGUCGUCAGCGCAUGAAACCCGUGUUUUCUUCGAUAGUCGAGGUAUGUGACAUACGAACACUUUCACAUUGA